GUCAAUAGCUAAUUUUCAAUGCGCACUUUAGGGGGCGAGCCACAAGCAACCACUGAAAUAUUCAGUCCACCAGUAAGGUUUGGACUGGGGAAUUUUAAUCACAUACAAUUAUUUCUCUAUUCUUCGAUAAGGUUCACCGAUGUCUUCGCCUUGUCUUCGUUUUGUCUUACUUUUGGUUGAGACCAUCUUACUCACGCCCGCCCACGGGCAACUGAAUAGCGCUGAGUGCCUUGUUCAGGGCUCGUGCAAGGGUUGUAUUGCAAAGCCACAGUGCGCGUGGUGCUACCAAGAGGACUUCACAGAGCUCGGUAACGCCGUGUACAGAUGUGACACAAAGGACGACCUUGUUAACAAGGGAUGUAAAAACAUUUCAAACCCCAGCACAGAACUCACUAAUAUCAAGGACGUUGCCGUUGGGGCUCAGUACCAAGUCUCCCCUCAACAAGUCAAGGUCAAGCUUAGACCAGGGGCACCGGCAAGGCUACGACUGACGGUCCGCCCAGCAGAGAACUACCCCGUGGACUUGUACUACUUGAUGGAUAUGUCGUGGUCAAUGAGAGACGAUCUCAGCAAACUUAAAGGACUAGCUGGGAAGAUAGCUGAAAGCAUGGCGAAUAUUACAACAAAAUUCCGUCUUGGCUUUGGGUCCUUUGUGGAUAAGACGGUGAUGCCGUACGUCCAGCCAGACUUUGUAGACGAGCCCUGCCGGAGAGAGCUCCCUGGCGCGUGUGUCGCCACCUACGGAUUCAAGCACAUCCUCAGCCUGGUCAACAAUAGCAAUCUAUUUGAGGAUGAAGUAAACAAGCAAGUCAUUUCUGGAAAUAUUGACGACCCAGAAGGAGGAUUUGAUGCGCUAAUGCAAGUAGCUGUCUGUGAGGAGAAAAUUGGGUGGCUCAAGAGAGGAACGUCAAGGAGACUCGUGGUGUUCGUAAGCGACGAUUCUUUUCACUUCGCCGGGGACGGAAAGUUGGGCGGAAUCGUGACCCCAAAUGAUGAACAAUGCCACCUCAACGGCUUGAUGACAUACGACAAGUCUAACGAAAUGGACUAUCCUACGCUUGCUCAGCUUCAUCAUCAGCUACAAAUGCAUCAAAUCCAACCGAUUUUCGCUGUGACCCGUAACGUCAGUAACAUCUACAAGGUGUUAAGUACCAUGUGGGGUGAUAUCGGCGCUGUGACAGGCGAGCUUGCCUUGGACUCAAGAAAUGUCGUCGAUCUUAUUCAGGAGAGUUAUGAUAAAAUCGCGUCUACCGUGAAGCUGUCGCACUCUGCCCCGUCAGAAGUAAAGAUCACAUACACAGCUAGAUGCGGAAAUCAAAUUCUAAAUCAAAAGGAGUGCACAAAUGUUGGAAUAGGAGAAAAGGUUUAUUUUGACCUAGAAGUUGGAAUAGAACGGUGCAAUAAGGAUUUGAGCGAAAAGAAAAUGAACAGUUUCCCUGUCCGAGUCCCAGGCUUUGGGACCCUUACAGUGCAGGCUGAGUACGUCUGCCAGUGCGAGUGCGAGGGGCCUGGAUAUAAGGAAGAGAACAGCAGUAGAUGUACUUCUGGUAACGGGACUUACGCGUGCGGGCAAUGCGCUUGCCAUCAUGGAAGAUAUGGCGAGCGAUGUGAAUGUGACAGCCCGUUCGAUAAGGCCAAGGAUGUCGGCAAAUGCAAGAUGACAAAUUCUAGUGAUGAACAGCCGUGCAGUGGCCAAGGCCAGUGCGUGUGUGGAAGAUGCGUCUGUAACCAGGGACAUUAUGGCGAGAAGUGUAAAUGCAGUGACGCCACAUGCCAGAAAUACGAGAAACAAUUAUGUGGAGGUCCCGAAAGAGGUGCAUGUGUGUGCGGCGAAUGCAAAUGCGAGUCCGAGUUCCUUGGGUCGAACUGUGGAGAGCUUAACUGCGCGGGAAUCCAACACAGAUGCCACAGCCCAGGCAGCCCGAGGGGUGUGUUGUGCAGCGGUAGUGACCAUGGCACGUGCACCUGCGGCCAGUGCACGUGCACUCGCAAGUACUCUGGGAAGUAUUGCGAAGAAUGUCCGAGUUGUGAAGGAGGUAUUUGCAGACGCAGUGAAGAUUGUCUCAAGUGCGUCACCGCUGACCUGAACUCCUUGGAAGAUUGCAAAAAACUCAAUCGCUGUGAGCCUGUGGUAAAAACAGUCAGCGUGCAAGAUGAGAUAAUUGUGACUCAAGGCUUUUCAGCGAAUUUUAAAUGCGAAGCGGGGGAAGGAGACUGCUCGGUCUAUUACACAUACUCGUUUGACGGUCUUGGCAAGAGAUAUGACAUCAUACGGCAGAGAGGCCUUGUCUGUCCCAGGCCUCCGCCUCCACCGCCCAUCCUGCAGAUCGUCCUGGGUGUGAUCGCCGGGAUACUACUCUCUGGCGUCAUCGCUCUUCUCGCCUGGAAGGCCUACGUUACAAGGAUGGAUAAGAAGGAAGUUGAAGCUUUCAUGCUCGAGCGAACAAGAGCACGCUGGCAGAAGGAAAAAAGUCCACUGUACAAGGCACCGACUACAACCUUCACCAACCCGGCCUACGCGAGUGCCGAAUGAUUAUCAGUUGAAAAUGAUAAAAUGUUCUCAUCAACUGUCAGACUUCUGCAGAUUAGAUUUGUUUAAUACCGUAAACAAAUAAUUGUAAAAACAACAACAACAACUGCACGUCUUUAAAACCGUAUGUUAUAACAAAAUUCCCUUACUUGGCGGCCAAAAUUGAGUCAUGUUUUAUUAAUGAAUCUUCAAAUACUAUGCUUUUUCCAUGAUACCUGUGACUCUGCACCCCCCCCCCCCCCCCCACCCCCCUCUGCCAAUCCUGGGUACGCGCCUGAAGUAGUUGGGUGUAACCAUGGCUACAGUCGGAGCAACUAGACAUGGCUUACUAGAUUCGUCUUCAGUGUAAUUUAUUUACUAAACAGAGGGAUGCAAAAGUUAUACCGUAGAGCCAUUGACAGAUUUGCGGUUAUUGCUAAACAAAUCCUACUAAGUGCUGCCCACACGCUUUCAGAGCCCCGCUCGUUGCCAAAGCUGCCCAAAUCGCAAUAACCUGAGGAAAUAACAAA